UUUGACGUUUAUCUGACGUUUAUCGACAGGUAAUUUUUCAUCUCCCCUCCCACCUCAUUUUCCCAUUUUCCAGUUUUGAUAUUGUGAUGGCGGAUGAAAGUGAUGGUUUUCCACUGCAUAAAGCAGUAUUCGAAAAUGAUUUACCUAGUCUAUCUCGUUUAAUAAGAAAACACGAUGUGGCCUCAAAGGAUAAACACGGUAAUACUGCCCUACACCUGGCUGUUAUGCUAGGAAGGAAAGAAUGUGUUCAACUGCUUUUAAAACAUGACGCUCCUGUAAAAGUGAAAAAUGGUUUAGGUUGGACCGUUCUGGCAGAAGCUGUGAGCUAUGGAAAUCGACCCACAAUUUCUUCUUUGGUUAGAAAAUUUAGGCAGCAAUCUAGGGAACAAAUGGAAGAAAGGAGACCGAAUUUAGUAAAAGCUUUAAGUAAAAUAGAUGACUUCUACAUGGAGUUAAAAUGGGACUUCCAUUCUUGGGUACCUUUAGUUUCUAGGAUCUUGCCUUCUGAUAUAUGCAAGAUAUAUAAAAGUGGAGCAAAUAUUAGGUUAGAUACAACCUUGGUAGACUUUUCUGAUAUGAGAUGGGAAAGAGGAGAUAUAUCUUUUAUUUUUAAUGGACAUGCUAAACCAAAUGAGAGUCUGACUGUAUUAGAUAAUGUAUCUAAAGUAUAUCAAAAAGUAAGGCAUGAGGAAAGCGAGUUGGAAAUAGAAGAUGAAGUAGAUCUGUUAAUGUCAACAGAUAUCAUGGCAGCACAAAUCUCAACGAAGAGCAUAUCGUUUGCUAGAGCUCAAUCUGGUUGGAUUUUUAGAGAAGAUAGAAAGGAAUUAGUUGCUGGUCAAUAUGAAAGCGAUUUGUACACUGUACAUGGGCUGCACUUGGAAAGUAGAAAACGACGUGAGCAUCUGUCGUCGGACGACUUACAGAAAAAUAAGGCAAUCCUGGAAAGUUUGACGAAAGGUGGCAACAUACAAAACUUUGACCAAAAUGGCGCUCCUGUUCGAAGAAAUAGUCUAAUACCUCCACCGGAUAAGAAAGUAACCUGGCCAGAGUACGUACAGGCCGAUGUAAAUAAUUAUCCUAGGCUAGGACGAGAUCUGGUGUACAAAGAAUCCACAAAAGCGUUUAAGGCGACGAUAGCCAUGAGUGCGGAUUUUCCUCUAUCUGUCGAAAUGCUCUUGAACGUCUUGGAAGUAAUAGCGCCAUUCAAACAUUUUGCUAAAUUGAGGGAUUUCAUAACGUUCAAGCUGCCCAAUGGGUUUCCAGUCAAAGUCGAAAUCCCGAUUUUGCCUACCGUGACGGCCAAAAUCACAUUCCAACAUUUCGAGUUCAGAGACGACAUUCCCAAGCAUCUGUUCAUGAUACCAAAGAACUAUGUUGAAGAUCCCACAAGAUUUCCAGACUUAUGACGCCCUGAGCUACUGAACUGGUUCGAGUUAAGCUACAAGAAGAAGCCGGAGUUCCUCUUGCCGUACGACCACGACCGCCAGCGCCAUCUAGCCGCAGCUUCGGCACACCGUCCGUCCAAACUCGUCAAGAAGUUGUACAAGAAUAAGAGCAAAGCGACUGCCAACAAUAAUCAGACCAGUUUUGCUCACAACAUUAACGACUCAACGAUUAUCGUUGAAGUCCCGAUGAUGUUCACUUUAGGCAGUAUUUAUAGCACCAAUUGUCUUGUUUAUUUGGAAUAGUUGUGUUUGUGGUUGAUGACUUUUGGAUCAAAAGACCUUCGAGUCGGUUUAGUUAAAGGUAUUGGAUUAUACAUGUGUUUUAUCGUGCCUUUAUUCAAAUAAGAUAUGGUAAAGCAGUAAAAUCACUCAGAAUUUUGCUCUGGAAAGAAUCUGGAGCUUAUAGAUCAUUGAUAGGUUUUAAAGGUGUAUCUCAGUUUGCUGCGUUUUAAAAAUUCAUUGCUGGUGUGAAAAUCAAACAACCAAGUGUCAAAACUUCCUAAAAUACGAGAUCAUACAACCAUAAUACUGCGGUUAUUUGAAAAAUUAAAACCCAACUCACGCUCUCUUUAUCUGCAAGACGAUGGUUCGAGUCCAACUAAUUUAUACGUUGGGAUAAAGAAUAGUUAACUAUAAUAGUUUAAAUAAAGAUUUUAUUAUUUGUUGCUACAUGGCACGGAGCUGUGGCAUUUUGAAUUGCAUUUCACAUUUUUCUUCUUGCAGAAACAUUUGUUGAACAUACACUUUGUCUGGCAGGAGCAUCUGAAAAAUCUUAUUUAAACUUGAAACUUAUUAAAACUUGAAACACCUAAAAUUUUAAAAAGAAAUAAAAACUAAAAUUAAUACAAAUUUUUUUUGAAAAUCUCAAGUAGCGGAACCAUCACAAACACAAACAACCGAUUCUAGAAAUAAAAUGUUACUGGGUAUGUUCAAAUUGUGAUAAGUAGUUGAAACAGUCAAAACAAAGAGAUGCGCACUCAUCAAAAAAGCACAUGAGAUUCUACAUUUACUGAAUCGAUCCAGGAAUAGUCAACUCAAACUAGUAAGAGUUGAUUCUCUUUUUCCCGCAAUCUACUUUCACUAACAAGGGUUAGGAAGAAUCUACUUCAACUAGUAAAAGGUAAAUUCAGUGCAGUCGUUCGUUUUCAUCAGAAAUGAUCAUUUUCUAACUUCGAAACAAAAUAAUUGCAAAAAUUUAUUACUAUUGAAAAAAAUAGGAAGAGAAGGUGACUCAAAUAGUCUCAGUAAUACAAAAAUUGAAAUCUAAUAGUAAUUAUGUUUCAUUAAAAGUGUAAAUUUUAACAUCCGGCUCUCGAAGGACCAAUGUGCAAAGACGAGCGUAGAAACAUAUUUUUUGAUACUUGGAUUAUUCAAAGUCCCAAACGCGGUUAUUUAUGGCUCAAACUAUGGUGAUGUUGGUACGAUGAACCGUUUUCCAAAGAUUGGAACGAACCCAGUAAAAGAAAAACUUUUUUAUUCGAUCUCUAUACAAAUAUAAAUCAGCAGCGAAUCACUUUUAAAUAAAUUAUUAGCUCAAAAUAGCUGCCAAAUGAUUUAAUUAAUUUUACAAUUUUAUCAAAGGAUGUUGUUACAAAAAAUUUACUCGGUUUAAUGUGCAGCCAAAAAAAUCCAAAAACUGAACGGGCUUGUAGCUGCCCAACUAUCUUAACGUCUUUACCUAAAAACUCUUGCUUAUAUUUAUUUUUAAUACUCUUCUUCUAUACAUGAAAAUAAAACAAUAACGGUUUUAUGUGCAGCCAAAAAAAUCCAAAGGUGUUAUACUUGGAAACUGAACGGACUUUAAGUAGCUGCCCAACUGUCUUAACGUUUUUACCUGAAAACUCCUGCUCAUUUUUAUUUUUAUUAUUCAUUUUCAAUACUCUUCUUUUAUACAUCUAAGUAAAACAAUAACGAUAAGUACAAAACUGAUGAUAACUAAUAUAAUAUUUCCAUUAUGUAUAAAAUACUCAUUUCAGUAGCAAACUACACUUUGACAAAUAUACAUUUUAUGAUUUGUUGAUUAGUUAAUAAAUUGCAUUGAUAUUUUACAAAAAUCCAUUUUUUUAUAUAUUGUCAAAAAAACUUUACCAAUAAAAUUUCGACAGUGUUUUAGGUCCAUUUUGAGGAGUAUUUUCAAGACAUGUUGCAUAAAGCUCAUUAGUCUGUCCUCAUAUGAGGCCAUGAGAGCCAGAGUGGCCUAACUGAUUUUAUUAUUUCUUUACAUAAUCAAAGAAAGUGACCAGAAGCUAUCAAUGUCCGAUUGUUUUAGUAAUUGUAUGUUGACCAAUAAUGAUUCUUGAUCAACAUAAAACUAUUAAAACAAUCGGACAUUGUUAGCUUCUGAUCAUUUUCUUCGAUUGUAUAAAGUAAAAAAAGUUUAAGAAAAAGAUCUUCUGUGUAAAAGGUAUAUUAGUUUGAAAACCCCAAUAAAGGGCUAGAUUAAAGUACAGAACGUUUUCGCUCUAAAGAGAGCAUCAUCAGUGUUCUAAGCCUAAAAUAAGUACAACCAUAAUUAGUGAAGACAAGAGUAAAAAUUUUUUUAAAGGAUGACCAAGAUAAAAAAUUAGGUUAUACUUACAAGCUCUACAUGCUAAGCCACCAAAAAUACAUGGGUUAAAACCCUUAAAAUGCCGACCAAAGGUCUUACAUUGGCAUAUUAUUUAUUAAGCCCUGGCGAUGGGUGCAAUUUAAAAGGUAUACCUCAAGGCACCAUAUGACUAUACCACAAGCAUGUGGGUGG